GUCCACCCAUCUAAGCAAUAAAAAAAAAUGUUUAAAGUAUUAUCUUUCGUGUUACAGCGCGCGAUAUUUAUCUGCAAAUUAAUGAGUGAAAACAAAUUGUCUGCCUUUUUGCUCAAAAGUCUCAGCAUAAAUCGGAAUACGCGCUCCAAACUAGUAUCCGAUAUGAGGUAAAAGGAACAAAAACCCGCGCUGCAUGUUGUUAGGCGACCACGCUGCUUUCUUUAUUUCCUGGCUUGUUUGUAUGCGGUCCGUUACAUCGACCUCAAGGCGCCGGAGACUGGUUUGAGAAAUGCUUGCACCCUACAGUUUAACCGAGAAACGACCAUACCGACGGUGCCAGCCGACCUCGGAGGUCUUCCGCAUACUUUCUUUCUGAUUACAGCAUAAACGACAACAUGAAGAGUUCGCUGUUCUGCGUGUUGGUGCUGACGGUGGUGGUAUCAAGCUCCCGGCAGCAGAGCUAUCCCAGAAACGACAAUAUCAACAUCAACGCUAUCUUACAAAACGACCGGAUCCUGCUCGGUUAUUAUAAAUGCGUCAUGGACAGGGGACCGUGCACGAAAGAUGGAAAAACCUUCAAGCGUGCUCUUCCGGAGGCAUUGCCGACAGCUUGUGCGCGGUGCUCUAAUAAGCAGAAGGCAGCUUUCCGGACACUUCUUCUAGCGAUCAGGGCCAGAAGCGAACCAAGCUUUCUGGAAUUACUCGACAAAUACGAUCCGUCAAGAUCUAAUAGAGAAUUACUGUAUACAUUUUUAGCCACAGGCCUUUAGGGGUCCAUGCCCUAGAUUUAGAUUUAGUAUAGUUAUAAUAAUAGAUCUUUAUCUAUGAAGUUGCCGUAUUACAAUACUGGCCAUUUAAAACUUAUUAAUAUAUAUUUGACUGGCAUUAAAUUCUAAUGAAUAUUCUUGGAAAAACAUGGAAUUCUAUUUUCAAAUUCAGUCAGUCAUUUGUUUAUUGAUUGGUGUUUUGUUUUCACAGCAUUUAUAUCUUUUUCAUCAAUGUGGAUACGAUUAAAAUACGAGUAAUUAUAUAUGUAUUCCACAGAAUACGAAUUUGGUCAUGAUAACAAUGCCACACACGUGGCGUGCGUGCAUCAAUAAGGGAAAAAAAACUUUUUGGGAAGGAAAAAAUUCAAUACCCAAGAGGUAGUACGCAAAAUGCCUAGAGUUUGCCGUCUUUUAUACGCUAGACUUUUUCGAGAAGACUAUUGAAUAAUUACCACUGCGCUGGUCCCCAAUGGAUAUUGUAUUUUGAUUACUAUAAAGAUAUAAAAUAUCUAUAAAAAAAUUAUUAACUUUCUGUAUACUAAACGGCAACUUCGUAGUUAAAGACCAAUGUUUCGGCAUGUGAACGAAAACACUAAAUCGGAAUCGUAAUGUAACUAUAUGCAAACUCAACUACGAUCAUAUGUAAUUCACAUCAACAAAUAGACUAAUUAACGCAUUUAUUUUUAAAUUAUUUGUAAUUGCUAUUUACUAAGAAUAAAUACAGCAAUAAACGUAAAUGUUUUUCCUUGCAAUCAGUUUAAUAAAUUGUAAGUCAUUCGAGAACUUGUAAUAUUAUUGAGAUGCCAAUAAUGUUCAUAUUUAUC